AUGCCCGUGCCGCAAUACGGCCGCACCGGCUUCAUAGGUGGCGCACCGAGCGGCGGAAAUCCGUUCGAGUCGACGCUGGAUGCCUUUAUCACCAACUUCGACUCUUUCGGAGAUAAGCUAACAAAAGAGGGUGAGCAAAAUCAGGAAUCCGCCGCGGCCGCCGCCGAUAGUAGAGACAGGGGUCAGGAUCAGGAGCAGGGUCCGAGUCAGGGCAGGGGCCUUGGCUCGCCGGGGCGGGGCAGGGGUCGGCGACCGCACAGCGGGCCCAGCUCAGACGCACCAGGAGACGUGCAGAGGCUGGCCGCAGCGGGGGAAGAUAAGGAAGACAAGCACAUGCAGGACGCACCGUCGCAGCGGCCCGGACGCUACGAGGCCGACGGCAGAGCGCAGCACGAUCGCUACCAGACGUACGGCGGUCCGCCCUCCGACGACGCCUACUACCUCAGUCCGGACGGACAUCCACAAUCGCCGCCAGAUGGCAACAGGCACAUCGGAUCGGCGCCUCUGCGAGUCACCGAGGAGGAUCCGUCUGCCUUCUACAAUCCGUGGGACGAUCAGUCGGCGCCUCCUGGCGGUCAGCAACACGGACCGGGAGAUCAAAACCAGGAAGCGUUUAAUCCUUACGCGGCGAUAAAGUCGCAAGAGCUGCAAGGCGGCGACGACCCGCUCAUUUACCCGAUUCGCGUCGAGGAGCGAGAACCAGCGCCGCCUGGUGGCGAGAAUCCGCAAAAGCAGGACUACCCGAGUCGCGACUAUGAUUAUUUUGACCCCUACGCUCAGCAGACGGAGCGAUAUGAGCCCAGUGGCGGCCUCUACAAUCCGUUCAACGAAGCCGGACGAAAUACAGGACCGGAUGCAUUCUACAAUCCGUAUCCCGACGAAAGACCGAGAGACCAGAGGAACGGCCCACGCACCGAUGCGCCACCUGACGGCUACCUACCAGAGGAGGGGCUCGUGUACAACGAUAAGCGAGACGGGCAGGGAUACUCGGAACCAUACAGCAUCGCCGGCCAGGGCGACAACUACGCCGACGGCAACAUAAUCACAGAUAUUCAGGUGCUGUGCCCGCCGGGACAGAACACGAUGGUCGUGACGUUGAGAUUCAACCAGGCGUUCUCGGGCCGCAUCUACGCAAAGGAGUACUACGACGUACAAGGGUGCCGCACGCGCGGGAAGGGAGACCAGAUGGCGCAGAUCGUGAUCGGAUUGGACAGCUGCGGCUUCAAGCAGUCAGCCGACGAGUACACUAAAGAUGGCGGCAAGAUCGUGUACGACAAUGUGCUGGUGGUAAUGUCAGAGCCGGAGUGGGAGGUGCUGGAAGGCUGGGACAGGGCAUUCGCCGUGCGUUGCCAGUUCGAGGGCUUCGGGCAGCAGGCGGUCAACACGGGAGUGACGGCUCCCAAUCUUGGAGUGACGACGGUGGCGACAUACCGCAUCGGCAUCCCACAGGUGCUGUUCCAAAUAUUUGGCGGGGAGGACAUAUCCAAAGGUCCCGCCGAACACCUGAAGGUCGGCCAGAAGUCGGCUUUAGCCGCCAUCUUGACCGAUAACUCUGACUACGACAUCUCGGUCACGCAAUGCGUUGCGCACGACGGAACGGGAAAGAAAUACAUUCCUCUAGUAGACGAGAAAGGGUGCCCUCUGGUAGGCAAGAAAAUUAUCGGGAAUUUUCGGCACGAGCGCGACCGCCCGCAGCCUGGUCAGACGAUCGUCUACGCUCCGUUUAAAGCCUUCAAGUUCCCAGAUCGACAGGAUGUUUACUUCGAAUGUCAAGUGCACGUCUGCUUCAGGGAAUGCUUCCCGUCGGAAUGCUACGAGUCGUACAGCGAUGGAGACAGCUACGGCGGCGACGCCUACGGAAGGAAGCGGCGCACGCUGGACGGCAAGAUGGCGGCCGGCGGCGGCGGGAUGAGAGCGGUGAACGCGAGCGGCAACGCACCGUACAUAGCCGAGCGCGUCAACAUGACGCGAGGCAUCGCCGUGCUCAUCGACGGAGAGCGAAGGAUUAACAUCUACCCGAGCGACACGGCGCUGAAGCAACGCGGCGGCGGCAGCGGCGGCGACGGUGACGGCAGCAGGGAGGAGGUUGCCUGCAUCAGCCGCACCGGCUUCACCAUCGCCAUCGCCUUCCUCACGGCCUCGCUGCUCGUCGCCAUCCUCGUCAGCGUCAUCGUCUGUCUGAAAACACGCGACUACUGGCUCAAGGACGUCUUCAAAGUCGAGCCGGAGGCCGAGUUCGGAUUCACGCCACCGACGCGAGCGCCAUCUAUACGCUCCGUAAGGUCGCCGUCGCACGAAGGAGUUGAGUGACGGGCGUCGUUGUUGGAGGCGGAGAGAGAGAGAGAGAGAGGGGGAGAGGAGGGGGGAGGUGGGAAUAAUGUUCAAGGCGUUUGUGCGAUGCGAGCGCCGUCUGGAUGUGGAGCGGGGUUUUACGCGGGUGCGUACAAACCUCUGGCACACACGCCCGCACACACAGACACGCCCAUCUGCUUUAACGCACUCCUUCCACACACGUGGCACUACACGCUCUGCUCCCAUCUUUAGCAAAUACUUCUUUGGCGACUUUUCCGUGUCGGCAAUGCACCCAUCAAACUGGUUAGCCGUAAACACCUAAAACAGCGUUCCUGCUAACCAUGCACGGCGCCUAGCACACGUGAUAGAUGAUAUCUUAAUUAAAUGCUUCAAAAAUAACUAACAGGCACCAUGUCGCAACCUUACACUUAUCAGAAGGUAACUUUAGUGUUUCAGCCAGGAUACAAUGGCUUAGCGUUAAAUCGAUAUUUGCGAAAAAUCAGGGAAUUUUUUUCUGUGCCAGUGUUGUAGCUGGUCAGAAUAGGUUCGUUACUUACCAUCCCCAGAGCGCUCUUCUUACACCGGUAUAGGGACUACCCAGAACAGGGACGAUGAUGGGGAAAGAGGUGCUCUGCCUAUCUGCUGCUACACACCUCGGUGUGCGCGUGUGUGUGUGCGGAGGGGUGUUGCGUGUGUGUGCGUGUCUGUGCGUAUUGUG